AUGGCCCCCAAGAAGCCAGAGCCCAAGAAGGACGAUGCCAAAGCUGCGGCCCCCAAAGCAGCUCCGGCCCCCGCAGCUGCACCUGCGGCUGCACCUGCGGCUGCACCUGAGCCAGAGCGCCCCAAGGAAGCAGAGUUUGAUGCCUCCAAGAUUAAGAUCGAGUUCACGCCCGAACAGAUUGAAGAGUUCAAGGAGGCCUUUUUACUGUUUGACCGCACACCCAAGGGCGAGAUGAAGAUCACGUACGGGCAGUGUGGGGAUGUCCUGCGGGCUCUGGGUCAGAAUCCCACCCAGGCAGAGGUGCUCCGAGUCCUGGGGAAGCCAAAACAGGAAGAUCUCAAUUCCAAGAUGAUGGAUUUUGAGACGUUCCUGCCCAUGCUCCAGCACAUCUCCAAGAACAAGGACACUGGCACGUACGAGGACUUCGUGGAGGGGCUGCGGGUCUUCGACAAGGAGGGCAACGGCACGGUCAUGGGUGCAGAGCUACGUCACGUGCUGGCCACCCUGGGUGAGAGACUGACAGAAGAUGAGGUAGAGAAACUGAUGGCUGGUCAAGAAGACUCCAAUGGCUGCAUCAACUAUGAAGCGUUUGUGAAGCACAUCAUGGCCAGCUGA